UUAAUUACAAAAGGGAUGCUGAAUUUACCGGUCAAAUCAUCAGGAAAUUAAAUUUCUUUUAUAUAUCUGCCAUUCAGUCCACAUGCCCCAAUUGGUCAUUUUACAUAUUUGCUUUGAUCAACCCAAGUUAUAUUUUAACUUCAUGAUCAAUUUUUUAUUUUUAUGUAAGAACAAGAAAUUGUCAGAGGUGAACACAGUUUGAAGGUCACUCUGCUUUAGUCAGGAUGGCUUGGAAAUGGAUUUCAGUUCUACUACUAUUACAGCUGAGUUAUUACUUUAACUCUGGAAGCUGUGGGAAUGUACUGGUGUGGCCCAUGGAAUAUAGCCACUGGAUGAAUAUGAAGGUAAUACUGGACGAACUUAUCGUGAAGGGUCAUCAAGUCACAGUUGUGAGACCAUCAUCUGCUAUUUUUGUUGAUAGCAAUCAAGAAUCCAGCAUUAAAUUUGAAACUUUCCCAUCGGCUUACAAAACUGAUGAAUUAAUCACAGUUUCCACAAGAUUCACCUCUUUGUGGACAUAUGAAUUGCCAAGAACAACAUGUUUGGCAUAUUCACCAUUACUGCAGAAUCUAUUUAUCACAUUUUCUGAUAUUUGGCUAAAUAUUUGUAAAGAAGCAGCUCUGAACAAGGAACUUAUAGCAAGGCUACGAAAAGCCAGAUUUGAUGUUGUGGUUGCAGAUGCCGUUGGUCCUUGUGGGGAGCUUCUGGCUGAGCUAUUGGAGAUUCCUUUCGUGUAUGCUCUGCGCUUCUAUCCUGGCUACACAACAGAAAAGUAUAGUGGAGGGCUUCUAUUCCCUCCCUCUUAUGUGCCUGUCAUUCUGUCAGGAUUAAGUGGUCAGAUGACUUUCAUGGAGAGGGUAGAAAACAUGAUAUGCAUGCUUUAUUUUGACUUUUGGUUUGAGACAUUUGAGUCAAAGAAGUGGAAUCGCUUUUACAGUGAAGUUUUAGGACGACCCACUACCUUAAUGGAGACCAUGAGUAAAGCAGAAAUCUGGCUUAUUCGAUCUUACUGGGACUUGGAAUUCCCUCGCCCAACUUUACCAAAUGUUGACUUUGUUGGAGGACUCCACUGCAAACCGGCAAAACCCUUGCCUAAGGAAAUGGAAGACUUUGUGCAGAGCUCUGGGGACAGUGGUGUGGUGGUGUUUUCCCUGGGGUCAAUGGUUGAUAACAUGACAGAGGAGACAGCCAAUGACAUUGCAUCAGCACUGGCGCAACUUCCACAAAAGAUUCUUUGGAGAUUUAAUGGAAAGAAACCGGACACCUUAGGACCAAAUACUCAGCUGUACAAGUGGCUCCCCCAGAAUGACCUCCUUGGCCAUCCCAAAACAAAAGCUUUCAUCACUCAUGGUGGAGCUAAUGGCAUCUAUGAGGCGAUCCAUCAUGGGAUUCCCAUGGUGGGCAUUCCUUUGUUUGGGGAACAACAUGAUAACAUUGCUCACAUGGUGGCCAAAGGAGCAGCUGUUCAACUAGAUAUAAGAGCAAUAUCAAGUAAAGACUUGCUCAGAGCACUGGAAGCAGUCAUUAACAACCCUUCGUGAUUUCAGUAAAAAG